CUGAGGCAAUUGAUUUUGUGGGGUAUUAGACAUAAUCUGACGUGGAAUGCUCAAGCCAUGGGGUUCACCUCGCAGGGCAUGCCGAGUAGGCCGACUUUCAUGUCCUGUGCACCUUCAGAGGAGGAAAAAAGCAAUUCAAGACAACAGCCCUCCACAAAAAGAACUAAAAUCCACCAGCCUCAGCCAACAUACCAGGACCAACCAGAUACAACAGACCUGUCAGCCUCAGCAGAGAUUCUGGAGGCUGCCUGCAAUGCCUCUAUACCUGGUCUCACUGGAGUAUCAAAUUUCACAGUUUUCCUCUACUGUAAUCUUUUUGAAGGAGAUGAAGCCACACUGGACCCUGAAAUCAGCCAGACAAUGCCUGACCUGCAUGCUAGUUGCACCAAUGCAGCGUGGUACCUCUCGGCUGCAGAGGAAGACUUCCUGUGGGUACAUGUGUGCAGCGAAUUCUUUGCACAAGAAUUCAAUAAUACAGUAUGUGCCAAUUCAUCUUUCUGGCUUCAGCGAGCCCAACAGGCUGCUCUUUCCAAGGACUACCAUUACCUCAACCAGUCAAGCAUUGAUGACCUCUGUCUGCAGCUCUCCACUGAAGUUUCUGCAAGUCCUGCAAUCGAUCUAACUGAGGAUUGCUUAGAAAUGCUGAGCACCAGAUCUCUGAGUGCCCAUGAUUUCAGGAGGUGCUUCUUGCCCAACAAUUCUGCUCUGAUCUUGGCCUUGUGUGGCAAUGGAUCCUCUUCAUUACCCCUGGAUGGCUGGGCAGCAGAAUACUGCUCUAAGGUCCUGCCCAAAGACUCCCAACAUGUUUCCAAAGACAAGCUUUGUAAUUUCUCAAACUGGACUGCAAAUCAUUUCCUUAACUCAACUUUGCUUGAACUCUGUGGCGACACCGCAGGGCUGAGGGACCACAUUUGCAAGAACAUGAGCCGGUAUCUCAUGCUGGUCCGCAGGCAGCCCUUACUUUUAGACUACUGCAACCCCAACUCAAAGCAGGGCACCAAGUGUGUCCUACAGCAGCUGUUUGACAUGCUGCCUGCCCCGUACGACUUUGACACAUCUCAGCUCUGCGUGAACCCUGUGCCCAUCCUGCAGGAAGCCCUGCACAAGCUCAGCCUGUGUGAAGGCGUCAUGGAUGAACGCGUGGGCUGGCUGGCUACAGUAAGCUACGUGCUCAGAGUGCUAGAUUUUGUUGUGGGGCUCUCGGCAGGCUUGGAGGAGGGAGAACGGGAGGUGCGGCAGGGCCUUGGUCAAGCUAUCCUUCUCUCCAGCCUCCUGGACAAUGCCUCCUUCUGGGCAACCCUCAGGCCAGACGCAUCAGUAAGCGUACUCCGGACUGUAGGGGUCUUUCUUAGACGAGAGAGGAACCCAUCAGUCAAGGAGGAUCUUCUUAGUUGCUUCAGUCCUGUUCUGUGGGAUCUCAUCCAAAAAGAAGACAACUCCUCUGCACUGAGAUUUCUAUUACAGGAAUACCUCCAAAUGCCUAGGGAACGUAUACGCUCUCUGGUACUGUCUGCAGAAAAAGACGCAGUGAAAAGGUUCCUGUCUCAUGUCCACCAGAGUUGGGACCAGCUACAAGUAGAGACAAUACAAUCUUCCCCAAAGGAACAGGAGGCCAUGGAGACAAUGACCGCAGCAUUCAUCCACAAGUUCCCACGUGUCACACCAGAGCUAUUUGUGGACCUGUCACAGUUCAUCCCAUACAUGUCUGUGUCCGACAUAAUGAGCUUCCCUGCAUCGCUGAUGGUCAACGACAGCGUGCUGAUGGCUAUCAGUGACCACAGCUCUGAGAUGAAGUCCCCUCAGAAGCAAGCGUUUGCGAAACGCCUCUUACAGUCCAGCGUGGUGGGAGAUGUUCCCACCUGGCCACCAUACUUCCUCACCUCCAUUCUUCCUCUACUUCCACACCUCCCUGUCAGCCACUUCCAGCAGCUAACAUCCCAGCAGCUCAGCCCUCUGCUGGAUCUUCUGGCAAACAGCAGCCUGGAUGCCACAAGGGGGCGCCAUGUGCUUCGAACCCUGUUCAGCAAGAGGAAGAAUCUGACCAGUGACACAAUAAUGAGGUUGGGCAUCCUCGUAUGCUACCUGAAUUCAGAUGAACUGCACCGCUUCUUAUCUACGUCUCCCGUCUCGCCUGCUCUCUGGCUGCAGCUUGCAAAAUGUAUUUCAGAAGGCCAUGUCAGCGGAAACGGCAGACUUUCCCAUUGGCUGGGCCUCACACUGCAGUCUCUGAACACCAGUGUCCUGUCUUCAUCGACACUGGCCUCCCUGCAUGGAGUUUUACCUCAGCUGGGUGCUUCGUUCCUGCAGUCUCUUUCCUCUUCUGAACUGCUGGAGCUCUUCUCCCUGCCUGACAUUCCCACCUUCCCACCUGCACAGGCCUUCCAGAUUCUCAGCAAAAUAUUCCAGGAAAUGAAUAUCAGUGCCAACACAUUAUGUAGGCUGAAGCCAUUAUUGACAGGACUGGCUCCCGUCUUCUUGAGGAACCUGAGAGUACAUGACAUGAUAGGAACAUCUAAUUGUCAGUGCUGGAGCUCUCUGCUGACUGACCUGCAGCCAGCCCAUCGCUCGAUGGUCUACAGCGCAAUACAGGAGGCUCUGGAAAGUUCAUCAACAAACACCACACUGUAUCUGCAUUGCUUUCUACCUGCCAUUUCCCUGAAACAACUCAACGCAAUGGAACUCAAUGGACAAACAAUCAUGCAUCGCCUUCCUCUGUACAAGAACCUGCCCUGGUCUCAUCAGCAGGCUCAGUUACUGUUCAGAAUGAUCCAGCAGACGGAGAACAUCACCAGAGAUACAGUACUACGCUUGGGUCGCAUUGCAAGCGGCGUGAGCUGUAACAGGCUACGGCUUUGGGCCAAUGAAUCAGACUUCUCCGAAUUGUUGCAGUUUAUCACGGAAUUGCCAGGAGGAUUGAGGCCAGCUCUGAGGAAAUGUGUGCUGGAGGAGCUGCGUAAAAGGCCGAAUAUGGACCUGAACGGCUUCAGCUCUUCAUUUGCUGCUGGAUUACCGCUGAUGAUGAUCGAGCGCCUGUCCAACACCUCACUCAUGGCCGUCCUGAACCACGUUCGACGACACUUUAUCGAUUUCCUGCAGCUUCCCAGACACAAGCAGAUGGCCUUGGCUGAGAAAGCUAUUGAUGUUCUUGGUAUUUCUGACGACCGUUUAUCUGGAGCCUCCAUGGAUAGGCUAGGUCCUCUCCUGCUCUUUUUGGACAGGGAUGCGCUGGCCAAAGUGGACAGAGAAGCUCUGAAGCUGCGGCUGGAAGAACUGAAACAAUACUGCAUGCCCUCGGACUCCUUCAGAGAAAUAGCUUCCCUGCUUACAGAGAGGAGCAUGCUGGGAGAGCCAAAGUCAUGGACGGUCGGAGAUGUUGAACAUGUAGGCCGUCUCGUUUUCAUCCUGUCACCCCAGCAGAUAAGAUCUCUACCACUGGACGAUUUAGGAAAGGAUACAGUUGAGCAAGUUCUGCAGAGUAUGUGGCGCUGGCAGGACUCCACGCUUGGUAAAGUGUGUGCUGACCUGAAAGGAUUAAAAGACAAGAUCUACAGCCUCAUUCACAAAAUCAUCAAAGGCCGCAGAUGGACGAGGAGAGAGCCAACACCCAACUGUGCAGAUGUCAAAGGGACCUUCCCCUCGGCCUGGCGCUGGUACCAGCUGAGCAGAAUGAAGAGGAGGGAGCUGGAAGAGUGUGUUGAGUUUAUGGGUCUGGAUGCUUCACUGGAUUCUGACCAACGGGGGGCACUGUGGGCAGAGCUCCGGCCGCUCUAUAGGCCAGUGAAGGGGCUCAGAGCCGAACAUCUGAUGGAACUGGGAGUUAUCGUUACUGAGAUGGGUGAGAGGGAGCUGCAGUCUGCUAACUUAUCAGACCUGGCUGUGGUGGCUCAGCUUGGGAGUUUAACAGAGUGGAGCUCAAAAAAGAUGAGGGCAGCUCUCCAGAGCAUAAUGAGACGCCGCAAACAGAAGCCAGAGGAGCUUGGAGUGGUGGAGCUGGUUUCACUUGAUCAUCUGCUUUGUGGCUUCACUCCCUCAGAAAUCGCUCGCCUGGACCCGUCCAACCUGAGUGUGGCAGCUUUGUUCCUGAGGGAGACGGUCCUGCCGUGCUCUGAAGAUCAGACUGAAGCCUUGACUGCUCGACUGUCCAAAACUAUGGGCUUCGGCCCGGUCAGCAGCUGGGGCUCUGAGGUCUUCACUGAGAUUGGGACUCUGGCAGCUGGACUGGACGACAUGGUGUUGACUGCUCUUGUGGAAGAACAAAUAGGAGGCCUGACCCCAGCAGCAAUAGCCCUGAUACCCCCAAGAAAGAUGGCUGUGGUGUUUAGUGCCACUCAGCUGUCAUGGCUGAGUGCUGAACAGGCGUGGGCGGUGACGGAGGAGCAGUGGGAGGAAUUGGACAGUGAGCAGAGACAGGCACUGACCGUGGCACAGUACGAGGGCGAUGUGAUGCUCGCUCAUAGAGGCAGGAACCAGGCUCCUUCUCUGCAGUUCGCUGACAAGCUCACAGCAUGCGCCUUAUUUUUACUCUGUAUUCUGUGGCAUUUAUUAUAAACACUGACAGGAGUGUAACUCGCACUUAUUUAUUUGCUUUACUAAUACAUUCUUACAUUUUUUGAUUAAAAACCAACAUGAGGAAAAAAAUGAAGGACUGUUUAUUUGUUCAGUGAGGGCGG